AUGGCGAAAGAUAAAUCAGGCGCCUCCAAAAAAGACUCCAAAGCGGAGCGCAAGGCCGAGCGCAAAGCCGAGAAAGAGGCUCGCAAAGCGGAAAAAGUCGCAAAGAAGCAGGCGGCUGCAACGACAAAAGCUAGCGGAGCGGCGCCAACCGGAGUGACAAAAUCAAAGGGGGAGAAUAAGGAGAAGAAAGCAGCGAGGAAGGUGCUAGCGGAGAAGGCCUUGAAUGAGCUUGAAGGCAAAAGCAACAAGAAGAAGGCAGAAGUCAAGGACGAAGAGGACGAUGACGAAAGCGGCGAGGAAGAAGACGACGAGAUGGAGGAGCAAAAUGGCGUGAAAGUCGAGGGGGAGGACAGCGACGGCGAGACCGAGGACGAGGAUGAGAAGCCGAAAAAGGCCAAGGCAGACUCAGAAAAGAAGAACAUUCUCGCUGCACGGCCUGUGGGGGCUUUAGUGCCCUUUGCGAACCCAUUGGCAGACGAAAAAGUUGCAAAGAAGGUGUUCAAAUGCGUCAAAAAAGCUGCCUCGCAACGUACUUUGAGACGUGGCGUCAAAGAAGUCGUCAAGGCCCUCCGAAAAUCCCCGACCACCUCGACCGAUAAGCUCCCUCUCGGCGUCGUGGUCCUUGCGGCAGACAUCUCCCCUAUGGACGUCAUCUCUCACAUCCCUGUUUUGGCCGAAGACCACAGCGUCCCCUACAUCUACGUGACGAGUCGCGCGGAGCUGGGCACGGCAGGUCAGACGAAGCGGCCGACCAGCGUCGUGAUGGUCAGCAGGGAUGCAGGGAAGAAAGCUGCAAAGGAUGGCAAGGAGAAAAAGAUCGAAGAGGAAGGCGACGAGAAGGAGAGCUGGGAAGACACAUACAAGAGCCUUGUUAAAGUGGUGGAGCGAGAGGGAAGGCACGUCAAGAUCUGA